CUUCCUUAUUUCCUGUUCGUCUGGCCUGUGUGCUUUGUUUGAUACGUUCGUUCCCGUCAAAGCUCUGAAUUUGAGCUUGUAUUAUUAUUAUUAUUUUGCUAUUAUUGCUAUCACACUCUUUUUGACCUAUCACACACUCUCCCUUAGUUUUUAAUACUUGGAACCCCCCUCCGUUACGUUGAAUUGUGGCCACACUCCUUUGCAGAUAACAAUAAAGUUUCCCCCACCAUUUUAAAAAGAUAAAAAAGAACAACUCUCUUCGCGGGUUUAAAUUGCGACCUCCAUCUUCAACCACCAAACAUCAUACCAGAGAAAAGAUGUCAAAGCUCAACAUUUCCCCACAGUCAUUAGCAUAUCUCCUCUUCAUCCUCCCCACCUUCACAAGCGCACUCAUCACCCGGCAACCCGACGAUGUAGACGAAGACAAGCAGGGCCAGGUCGUCGUAUCGACCGACGGUUCAGCACCUCCCCCCCCUCCCCCUCCCCCACCGAUGGGACCGAAAACCAUAGUCCCAGGCUUGGACGACGGCUCAACGAUAGCCUGCAUCGUUGGCGGCAUCUCCCUCAUAGUGGUAAUUCCCAUGUUCGUCUAUAUCUGGCGUAGGCGGAGACGUCUGCGGCGAGCGAGGGCGCCUCCCCGUAGUCUGGAUAAGGUCGCGUUGGUCGACAGGAGGGGGGGGUCUAUCGAUGAGCAGGAAUCGCAACUACCGUCGCCGCUGGAAAAACUCGAGAGGACGGGGACCAGUGUCAGUUUCGCUUCGGAGGUUACCGUUAUGGAUCAGGUCGCAAAGCCGCAGCCGGUGUUCCACGCUAUGUGAAGGAAGAAGGGUCGUGGAGUGUGAGGAUGGUAGAUACGAAUUAAUUGGGAUAUGGAUACUGCGAAACGGUGUAGGGAUGGAUGGAUGGAUGGACAAAUGGAAGGGGGCGAUUGGAGUUUGGAGCUACGCAUUCCUUGAAAUUUUCUGUAUUUAUUCUCGUUCAUCCCCAAUGUUUAUUCCUUGAGGAUGCUAUCAGCUUGUGGAGUAUCAUUAUCGGACCGGGCCACGGGAUGACCUGAACAGACAUUUUUUCCCACUCUUCCA